CCAGAGCCGCUGGCUGCAAGCGGCGCGCCCGGCGCCCACACGGCCACAGCCACGGUCCAUCGCAUCCCGAGCGCCGAAAUCCAAACGCACAAUGACUUCGCCGCCCCCGCCCCCGCCCCCCACCGUGUGCGUUCUCCUCCCCUUCUCUCCCUCGUCCGCCGGCCGCCCUCACCACUCGCGCCACCCCGCGCGCCGCCGCCUGUGCGUCCGCAGCUCAAGGCCCAGCCCACCGGGCAUCCCCAACACCAGCACCAGGCCGCCUCCGCUGCCGCCGCGCCGACUGCACGGAGCAGACCGCCGCCUCAGCGCCCUGAUCCACCGGGGCGACCUAGACGCGGCGCUCCGCCUCGUGGGCUCCUCGCCGCGCCCGCCCGACGUUCCGCUCGCCAACCGGCUUGUCCGCGACCUCUGCCGGCGGGGCCGCCCCGCCGACGCCGCGCGCGUCGUCGAGGCGUGCGGGCCCGAGGCCACCGCCGCCACCUACGGCGCGCUGGUCGACGGGUACUGCCGCGCGGGCCUGCUCGAGGACGCGCGCCGCGUCGUGGGCGGAAUGCCCGCGCACGUGCAGGCCAGCAGCGCGUACGCCCACAACCCACUCAUCCACGCGCUCUGCGAGCGCGGGCGGGUCGCGGACGCCCUCGUGGUGCUCGACGGCAUGCUCUGCCGCGGGUGCGCGCCCGACGUGGUCACCUACAACAUCCUGCUCCAGGCGGCGUGCAAGGGGAGAGGAUACCGGCAGGCCCUGGAGCUCAUCGAUUUCAUGCGCGCAGAGGGGUGUGAGCCCAACAACGUGACGUACAAUGUCAUCAUCGAUGCUAUGUGCAGAGAAGGUGAUGUAGACCAGGCACGCGAGCUUCUGAACAGCUUGCCUUCUAGAGGUUGCAAGCCCAACACUGUCAACUACAACACUGUUUUGAAGGGUUUCUGCAGCAUCGAGCGAUGGGUGGAUGCUGAUGAGAUUCUAGACGAGAUGGUUCGUGAGAACUGCCCACCAAACGAAGCAACACUCAAUGUGAUCAUCAAUACCUUGUGUCGAAAAGGAUUGCUCCAGAAAGUUACUCUGUAUCUAGAGAAAAUGUCAAAGCAUGGAUGCACGGCAAAUGUUGUUACAUACAAUGCUGUAAUCAGUGGGAUGUGUGAGCAAGGAAAUGUGGAUAGUGCCUUGGAGUUACUCAGCAACAUGCAAUCCUUUGGUUGUAAACCUGAUAUUGUCACCUACAACACUGUGCUAAAGGGUUUGUGCAGUGCUGAUAGGUGGGAGGAUGCCGAGGAGCUAAUGAUUAAGAUGUCCCAGAAUGAUCGCCUCCCAGAUAACUCGACAUUCAAUACUAUUAUUAGUUUCUGGUGUCAAAAGGGAUUGAUUUUGCAGGCCUUUGAAGUCUUUAAGCAAAUGCCUGAGAAAGGCUGCAAUCCUAAUUCAACUACUUACAGUACAAUAAUAGGUGGACUAACCAAGGCUGGCAAGAUGGAACAAGCCCUUGAGUUGUUGAAUGAAAUGGCCAACAAAGGAUUCAACACAGAUAAGAUGUACCGGGUGUUAACUGAGAGUCUGAAUAAAGAGGAUAAAAUUGAAGAGGUAGUCCAGGUGGUUCAUAAACUGCAAGAUUCAGGCAUAUCACCCCAGACAGUACUCUACAAUACAGUACUGUUAGGGCUUUGCAGAAAUGGGAAAACAGAUUAUGCUAUUGAUGUGCUUGCUGAUAUGGUGUCAUGUGGUUGUAUGCCUGAUGAAUCGACCUACAUUAUACUCAUAGAAGGUUUGUUUUAUGAGGGCUAUUCGAAGGAGGCAAGAGAAUUGCUAAGCAGGUUGUGCUCAAGAGAUGUACUUUCUAACAGCUUGAUCAAGAAUGAAGCUUUGUUGUUAGAUCAAAAUAUUCGAUCUUCUUGAGUCACGAUUAAUUCAAGAGCAUGUGUGCACUUUUAACAUCAUUGUAUGUAGUGGUGGAGUAGGUUAGCACUUACACAUUGCUUCAAUUUUGAUUGAUGUGAGCACAUUGGAUUGUACACAUGGUUUGAUGUUUACUUUCUGGAUUCACGUUUAGCCAAGGCAUCCUCAUAUCCAAAAUAUAAGUCGUUUCAGGCCUGUACUUUGGAUCAGUAUUCUCUAUUUCUGUCUGGAGGUACUUGCCUCUGAAUUUAGGUUAAGAUGGAAUGUGUAGCCAAGUUUAAGGAACAAGAUAUUGUAGGAUUGCACCUGUAGAAGCGAAAGAACAAGGGAUGAGCACUUUGUUGCUCAAGUGCAUGCGUUUUAUUGCUCCUUUCUA